AUGCGGGGAGGCCAGAAGCGCCCGUCCGGCGCAGGCGGAACUCCCCGCGGGGAGACGGCGAUGGGGACGCUCUUCAUCCUCAUCCUCCUCGCUAUAGUCGGCUUCGCUGCAACGUACAGCGUGCUCUCCGCGCUCUCCCCGCCGCCCUCCAUUCUGGUCGACGACGAUCUGCAGCUUGAGACCGCUUCCCCGGUCGACUCUGACGCGGCAGCAACCACAGGCGCGGGCGCGCAAGCGGGGAGCAGCAGCACUGGCGCGGGGGGAACGGGGGAGGGCGCGUCAGGGGGCGGAGGGGAGGAUUCACGGGAUUUCUGCCUGGGGGAGGAGCAUCUGGAGCUGUGGGGGGAUGCGGUGAAGUGGGGGAGCAAUAACCCCACUGAUACUGCCGCCGCCUGCUGCCAGCAGUGCAAGGACAUGUGCACUGGUGCGGUGUGCCAGUGCAACGCAUGGGUGUACUGCGGUAACAAAGAGCUCUGCAAGGAUAACUACAGGCAGUGCUGGCUGAAGCGGCAGGAGGACGUGCUGAAGCCAGAGGUCUAUGGUAACAACCCGGAGAUCCCAUGGACGUCUGGGCUUGUGCAUGGGGCAGGCAAGGGCAUCAUCGCACUCCACACAGAGCACGGAGUCAUUCGCAUCAAGCUGCUGCCCUCGUGGGCGCCCAAGACAGUGGGGUACAUUCGAGAGCUGCUGCACCUCAAGUACUGCACCGGCUGCCAGCUGUACCGGGCAGAAGGGCUGGGGGAGGGGUGGAGCAAGGACGGCAGCAGGACAAGCAAGCCCCCAGGUCCCCCGUACGCUCUCCUGCAGGGCAUCCUCCUAACAGACGGCUUACCCUUCAAGCCCAUCCCCCGCGAAUCAGCCCCCAUCGUCAAACGGGGAGACGUGUGUCUGGUAGGGGAGGGUCCAGACUUCUUUAUCUCUCUCGCGGAUCACACUGAGUGGGGCCACGCGCACACAGUUUUUGGGCGGGUGCCCGACGAGGAUCUGGACGGGCCGGUUGCGAAAAUUUUGGCGCUGCCCGUGAAGCAGGAGACCUGGGGCAGCACGAAGGUUUUGGCGCUGGAGAAUCCGGUCGGGUUUGAGGUCAAGCGGGACACGAGUGGGAUGCAGUUUUAG